AUGUCUCUAAUAGGCGAUACUUUUGGUGAAGAUUUUUAUAAUAAAAUUAUUGAGCAUAUAGCAAAAGAAAGAGAAGCAAUGAAAAGUUUUCAAGCAAUUAAGGAUGAAAAAGGUUUAGAAUUAAAAUGUUCUUUUUGUGAAAUAGUAAUAAAGGGUUCUUCGGAAUUAAAAAUAGAUGCUGAUUUUUUUAAAGCCUUAGAUAAAAAUUUUUAUUGUGCCGAUUGCUAUGAAAAGAAGUAUCCGCAAGAGUUUAGUGAAAAGUAUCAAAAAGUCAGUCAACAAAAUCAAACUCAAACAAGGGUAGAAAUUACAGGUUCGGAGUCAGAAGAGAUUGAUAAAACAGAAUCAGCCGAUUCUUCAAAAGAGAAUAGUGAUGAACUCAAAAAAGGUUUAGCAAAUACUCUUUUGGUAGGUCUUGAAGUUGAAGUUUUAAAUGAUGAAAAAAAUAGUUUAGAAAAAAAGUUGACCGAAAUGAUGAAAAAGAGUAGAAGUUUUAUUAAAAAUGAGCAAAUUAGAGAUAAAUUGCUGGGAAUUGUUAAUGAAAAUAGCGAUAUCGACAUUGCUACUUCUUGCCCUAUCCAAGAAAUACCUAAAUUAUUCUCUGAUGUUGUAUAUGUUGGGAUGGCAUUUGGGGUUUGUAUAGUGAAAAUAAAAGAUGAAGUGGAUAAACCUAAAAAGAAAGUUUAUUAUUCUUUUGAUGUAGCAACAUUUCGAAGAGAUGGGAUUUACCAAGAUCUAGUUAAGGAUGUUCCGAACUUCAAAUAA